GACGAAAUAAUUGCUUAUUCAAAGGACGAUUCAAAAUGUGCUACACUCAUCACCAUACCAGAGGGCAAAGAAAAGAAACAGUUCAUAAGGGUAUUCGAUCAAAAAGAGCACAUUGAACUGUGCUGUGUUGAUGUAACAGCGCCAAAGAAACACGGCAUAAUACAUAAAGACGCUGAAUUUGGCGGUUUGAAAUGGUCAGAUGGCGGGGGACAUCUGCUGUAUACGGCUGAAAAAUUUGUCAAAAGAAAGGAAUAUUAUGAUGCGGAGCUGGAUUGGAGCAAUGAAGAAAAAUUCCUGGAAUCGAAUGUUGGUGAAAAGUACGAAUUAGUUGAAAGUUGGGGUGAGCAACUGCACGAUAUCCGUCAACCAGUCCUGUGUAUAUUUGAUGUGAUCAGCGGUAGCGUUACUGUGCUGGAUCACAUCCCGGACAGAAUUGCACCUCUUUUUAGUGUUUGGGCGCCCAAUGACGAAGGCAUUGUAUUUUUCGGAAUACGAAAUGACACUGUGAAACUGGGCAAGGUAUACUGCAAUAACAGAAGUGGGACGCUUUACUACUACGAAUUGAGCUCGGCAAAAUUGAUUCCUGUGAGCGAAGAAGAUGUGGCAAUCGAGCGGAUCACUUUUUCACCCGAUAACUCGAAAUUGGUCUACUUCCAACGUGAAGCUGGCGGGCCUCACAAUGCAACAGUCUCCUGUCAAGUGAGGAUGAGAUUUGCUUUCGCUGUUUCUAAACAUCUGAUUUUACUUCUACUAACCUACUUGGGCUUUAUUAAUAACGAUUUGUCUGUAGAUUCUUCGGAGCAGUUUCCCGGGUUGCAUGAUGUGCAAGUAGCCGAAAGAUGUAACCUGCAUGGGUGCUGGUCUGUUCUUGAUGUGUACGAAGAUUACCUAGUAGCAGUUUGUAGUGCUCCAGAUCGCCCACCAACUGUGCUUGUUGGACAUAUUCCGAAUUGUGGUGACGAAGAGAAGGUGAAUAUUUCUUGCGAUACUUCUCAUUCCUUUUGA